CACAGACUACAGGAAACUGUCAAACAGAAUGUAAACAACAAAAAUAAUUUAGGUUAUAUGGUUCAGAAAAGAGAUUAGAAAUAGAAAGUAGAAAGUGAUUAAUAUCAAAAUGAGUGAUAAAAAUGAUGAUCAGGUGACAGAAAAAAUACUAAAUGCUGCUAAGAAAAAUCCUAAAGGGAUGUCUGACAAAGAUAUAGCAGCAGCAGUGCCCGGACUUUCAUCAGCUGAACUUGUAACUGCUAUUAACAAGUUACUACAACAGGGACUCUUUGAUUUGUAUAAUCAGGGGGGAUCACUCAUAUACAGGUUAAAAAAUCAAGCUUCAAAACAAGCAAUCAAAGGUGCUGACAAUGAGGAGAAAGUAGUUUACAAUCUUAUUGAGGAAGCUGGUAACAAAGGGAUAUGGAUAAGAGACAUAAGAAUACGGUCAAACCUAGCUAAUACACAACUUACAAAAGUUUUAAAAAGUUUGGAAAGCAAAAAAGUCAUUAAAGCUGUAAAAUGUGUCAAUGCAUCAAAGAAAAAAGUUUACAUGCUUUUUAAUCUGGAGCCAGACCGCUCUAUUUCUGGAGGUGCCUGGUAUCAAGACCAAGACUUCGAGUCAGAGUUUGUGGAUAUCCUGAACAGACAAUGCCUAAGGUUUCUACAGCAAAGGGCUGAUAAAAUAAAAAAUAAUUCAAGAGGUCCAAUAGUGGGAAGAACACAAUCCUAUGCAACUGCAGCUGAAGUUCAGAAAUACAUAACUGAUUUAGGAAUAAGUAAAGUGAAACUGGAAGUUGAGGAUGUCAUAACAAUAUUAAAUACUCUGGUCUAUGAUGGAAAAGCAGAAAGUAGUGUUUACCCUGAUGGAAACAAAGUGUAUAGAGCUAUAGAAUCUCUAAUAUCACCACCAGGAUUAGUUCAGGUGCCCUGUGGAGUGUGUCCUCUUAUACAUAAAUGCUGCUCCACUGGACUGAUAACCCCACAAGAUUGCAAGUAUAUGAGUGAAUGGCUUGAACAAUAAAAUAAUUCCUUUUA